UUCAUCAAUAUCUCUGAUUGCAAGUUUUUCUCCCUCAAUCUCUCCAUAAUUUUUUGAAUCCAUAUUUCUUGCUCCAAUUAAUCUUGACAGCCUUUUUUUUUUUUUUAUUAAACCCAACCUCUCUCAUUUACGCUUCCAUUGCUCUUGCCUGCCUAGAUUUAUUUAUUUUUUUCGACCACUCUCCAAUGGAGGAUGAUGAAUCAAUCAUGGUUUUAAACGCUAAACUGAAUGUGGCAGCAGCAGAAACCUCAGAUUCCGGCAACAGCAACUACACAUUACGUGCCAACAAACGUUCCAGGCAUGAAAACGGUGCCUCUUUAGCAAGGUUUAAAGGGGUUGUGCCACAGCAAAACGGAAAUUGGGGUGCACAAAUUUAUGCCAACCACCAGAGGAUUUGGCUUGGGACAUUCAAGUCCGAGAAAGAAGCUGCCAUGGCUUAUGAUAGCGCCGCCGUCAAGCUUCGAAACGGGGAUUCCCAUAGAAACUUUUCAUGGACAGAUCACAACAUCCAAGAGCCUAAUUUCCAAAACCUUUAUAGCGCAGAAGAUGUAUUGAACAUGAUCAGAGAUGGUUCCUAUCAAGCCAAGUUUGCAGAUUUUGUCAAAACACUAUCCGAAAGGGAUGGGAAAUUGGGCACAAAACAUAACAAAAAUUUGGUUCAUGGAGAUAUACAAUUUACUUGUGUGCAACUUUUUCAAAAGGAAUUGACUCCAAGUGAUGUUGGCAAGCUUAAUAGACUUGUGAUCCCCAAGAAAUAUGCUGCUAAGUACUUUCCAUACAUUUGUGAGAAUGAUCAACAAAGUUUGGUUGGUGGUGGUGGUGGUGGUGGGUUAGAAGACAUAGAGCUUGUUUUCUAUGACAAGUUGAUGAGGACAUGGAAAUUUCGAUAUUGCUAUUGGAGAAGUAGCCAAAGCUUUGUUUUUACAAGGGGUUGGAAUCGAUUUGUGAAGGAGAAGAAAUUGAGGGAAAGAGACACCAUCAUAUUUUACACAUGUGAGUGGCCUGGUGGGGAAAAAAGGGGCCAAAAUUUCUUCCUAAUUGAUGUAAAUUACAAUGGUGAACAAAAUUGUAUGAAUGAGGAGAAGAAGGCCUCUAACAGAUUGGAAUCCUCAGGUCAUCAGGAUAAUUUGCAAGUGGAAUUGGAACUGAAUUUGGGGAAGAAUUUCUACUGCAGAGUGGACAAUGAGGACAAACCUAUCAAUGGAUUAGAGUCAUCCCAUAAUGUGGAGGGCAAAAGGAUUUCCCUUUUUGGAGUACACAUUAACUGA